AUGGUAUGGGAGUGGGUCUUUCGCUGGCUAAAGCCUCGCAGUGGCGUAGAGGAUAAGAAGACAUCUGAGGAAAUUUUGGCGUAUGAAACUCUGAGGAAAGCGCAGACGGAGCUGAAACGUCUUGAAAGUGACAUUGAGACCAACACGGAAACACUCCGUCAGUGUGAGGAAGCACUGGAUUCCCUCUUUCACAAGGAGUUGCAGCUGCGGGAAGGGUUAGAAGGAAUCCUUAUGGAGAUGCAUGAUCAUACUUCAGUGGAUUUAGAGAACACGAUCGGAAAUAAUAGCGACGGCAUCGCGUCUCUCCAACAGAUCCUUAUGCAUAUCCAGCGGAAGAGGGGAAAACUACACGACCAGGGAUAUCGGCUUCAUAUCAAACUGCAGUGCCUGAAGGCGGAGAAAAAGGGUGUUGUCAAAUCGACAAAUAUGCUGCUGUCGCGUUUAUUGGGGAACGGUUUGGCAGUUCAAAAUGGAAUGGGUGAGGAGGACGGAAAGGAGGGGGAACAGGGUGACGAUGACGAUGGCAGCUGGAGAGCCGUGGUUCACUCGCCCCCAGUCUCGGUGAGCUUUAUUGAGGAAUACAGAGAGAAAGAGGGCUCGUAA